AUGGAAGACGAAGUUGCUGCCCUCGUUAUCGACAACGGCUCCGGCAUGUGCAAGGCUGGUUUCGCCGGCGACGACGCGCCCCGUGCCGUCUUCCCGUCCAUCGUCGGUCGCCCUCGCCACCAGGGCGUCAUGGUCGGCAUGGGCCAGAAGGACUCGUACGUCGGUGACGAGGCCCAGUCGAAGCGCGGUAUCCUCACGCUCAAGUACCCGAUCGAGCACGGCAUCGUCACCAACUGGGACGACAUGGAGAAGAUCUGGCACCACACCUUCUACAACGAGCUCCGCGUCGCACCCGAGGAGCACCCGGUCCUCCUCACCGAGGCGCCGCUCAACCCCAAGGUCAACCGCGAGAAGAUGACCCAGAUCAUGUUCGAGACGUUCAACGCCCCGGCCUUCUACGUCGCCAUCCAGGCCGUCCUGUCGCUGUACGCCUCGGGUCGCACCACCGGUAUCGUCCUCGACUCGGGCGACGGUGUCAGCCACACCGUGCCCAUCUACGAGGGUUACGCGCUCCCGCACGCCAUCCUCCGUCUCGACCUUGCCGGCCGUGACCUCACGGAGUACCUCGUCAAGAUCCUCACCGAGCGCGGCUACACCUUCACGACCACGGCCGAGCGCGAGAUUGUCCGCGACAUCAAGGAGAAGCUGUGCUACGUCGCGCUCGACUUUGAGCAGGAGAUGCAGACGGCGGCCCAGUCGUCGACGCUCGAGAAGUCGUACGAGCUGCCGGACGGCCAGGUCAUCACGAUCGGCAACGAGCGGUUCCGCGCCCCGGAGGCCCUCUUCCAGCCGUCGCUCAUCGGCCUCGAGGCGGCCGGCAUCCACGAGACGACGUACAACUCGAUCAUGAAGUGCGACCUCGACAUCCGCAAGGACCUGUACGGCAACAUUGUCAUGUCGGGCGGCACGACCAUGUACGCCGGCAUCGCCGACCGCAUGCAGAAGGAGAUGACGGCCCUCGCGCCGUCGUCGAUGAAGAUCAAGAUCGUCGCGCCGCCCGAGCGCAAGUACUCGGUCUGGAUCGGUGGCUCGAUCCUCGCGUCGCUCUCGACCUUCCAGCAGAUGUGGAUCUCGAAGCAGGAGUACGACGAGAGCGGUCCCAGCAUCGUCCACCGCAAGUGCUUCUAA